AAUUAAACAGAUAGUAUUUUGGUUUUAAACUGUAAGUUUGACUUUUUGCGCUCAUGAUGUUUGUUUUAUGUUUGCACAAUAUGCACUGAUUCGGGUAAUGGAAAUAAUGAUCAAUAUUUAGUAUUGUUGAUGCACUUCUGUUUUCUAAACCGUAGUCGCUUUAUAUAUAAAUAUCGUCGACAUGAAGCUUUAAAAGAACUACGUGGCUUCGUUUGAGGGACAGACUCUUUAAUGUGCAUGAGUUUGCAAUAUUACAUUUUAAUUUUAUAUAACGUUACAUGUUAUUGUACCAAUUCAUUUGAACUAAAAUAAGACAGGUUGCACGAAGGUGAAGAGAAAAUUGCAAAACCUGUUGUUCAAAACCUGUAUGGCUUCUUUUUUGUCUUUGGAAGACCAGAAAGAUGUUAUCAAGCUGACAAAGUCAAUCCUCAUCCAUUAAACCGUACGGGGAAAUAUGCACUGAUAGUGAAUGGGAACCGAGGCUGAUAAACAUGUUCUGUUUCAGUGAAGGAAAAGUUAUGCGGGUUUGAAACGAAUAACGACAGAUUAUGAUGAUUGUGAACGUCGUUUGUCUAUUCUGCUCCUCCUUUGUGUGACAAAACAACAAAUCCUGCUGUUUUUCUGCCGCGGGUUCUCGUGUCUGAACUGAUAACGAGCUGAAAAUGGCGGAUCUUUCGAAGUCUAACCCCGGCCUGAAACAGAUAACUCUCUUUAACAGCAGACACACAUCCCUGUCUACAGUAACGCAGAUGCAUGCCUUGUAAAUAGAGAUGUUUCCCUGGCAACAGGAUAGACAGGAGAGCAGGCGCGUCGAAUAUCAACUAACUCCGUCUGAUGUGCAACUGACAGACGGUCUUGUUUGGUUUCACUGAAUGAACUGUUGAGUGUGUUUUCAGUAACUUCGUACAUGAUGGAUGUGGUUUCACCUGAGCUCAACAGCCUCCUCCCUGAUGAGAUUAUGGAUACGGAAGCCAUCGCGAUGGAAGAGGAGCUCCCCACCGAGCACCUCGCUGCUCCUCCCCAAUCUGAACCAGAGCCACCGCAGGUUCCUAUGGAGACAGAGCUGCCUGAAAUCGUCAGCUUGUGUCCAACCACCACGUCUAUGCAGAUGACCUCCACCGACGCUCAAUGCAGCACCAGCUCAGGAACUCAGCUCCUCCUCGCCCCCUCCGGCCUUAUAUCCGGUACCACCACCUCUGCCAAAACCACCGGUCCUGCGGUGACUCAGAACCUCCCCAAAAUCUCCAGCGUAACUGUCCCGGCCAACCACCAGCUCAUCAUCAACAAAGUGUCCGGCGCCCCCGCUGCGGUUGGCAAGUCUCUAGGCGCUGCUGUGCUCAAGCCAGAGGGCCAAAAACUCUUGGUUGCUGGCCUCAGUAAAACAGGGCAGCCCAUUAUGUUGGCUCUGCCUCACACUUGGAACAAGCCCGCCACUACCCAGAGCACAGGAGAUGCCAAGGCCCAGCCGACGCAGAUCAAAAUGGUGACGACAGUAGGGAAGCCUGUGAUAGCGGUGAGCUCAGCCAGUCAGCUGAUGGGCAGCUCCACCACACUGCAGGCCCAGCAGCUCAAAACACUUCAGUUCACAAAGAAGCCCGCAGUAUCUACAGCUGGACCGAUGAUUACAAAGCUCAUCAUCACAAAAGCCCUGAACAAUAAAGGACUGUCCAGCCCAGCUUCAGUGGCUCCUGUAGUGACUGGGCGAGUUGUUACCCAGAGUACUCCAGUGACACCUCCACGCAGCAUCACCUUUGGUGAGACCAUCAGCACUGUGCCACAGAAUACGUCUGGUAACAGCAAAGUCGCCAUCUCACCUCUCAAGUCUCCCAGCAAGCUGACUGUGGUUUCGGUGGCCAGUCAGUCUCCAAACUCGCCUCAGAAGUCUGUGACGCUGCCGCUCAGUGUGGCUCUGGGCCAGCAGAUCCUCACUGUUCAACAGUCUGCCACCACCUCUCCAGCUAAAGCUGGAACCAGCCAGUCCACCGCACAGACUGUAAAGCCAGUGCAGACGGUGGGAGGAGUGGGAACAUCCCAGUUUAAGACCAUCAUCCCCCUCACCACACCUCCCAAUGUGCAGCAGAUCCAGGUGCCGGGCAGCCGCUUCCAUUAUGUGCGUCUGGUAACGGCCACCACCGGCAGUAGCACCGCACAGUCGAGCGGCAGCACCAACACCAACCCUUCAAUCCAGCCAGCCAAGCCUGUGAUGAUGAACGCUGCAGUACGGAUGUCUGUACCCAUCGUCUCAGCACAGACCAUCAAACAGGUAGUACCCAAACCCUUGACGUCAGCAGCCCAGGUGGUGACCACCAGUCAGACGCCCCAGCGUCUCAUCAUGCCAGCCACACAUCUGCCACAGAUCCAGCCCAACCUCACCAGCCUGCCGCCGGGCACUGUGCUCGCCCCCGCCCAUGGCUCUGGAAACAUGGGCUACGCUGUGUUACCGGCCCCAUACGUUACGCAGAUCCCUCAGCCUGCGUUUGUGACUUUGACCAGCAGCUCCUCCUUCUCUACAGCCACCCCUAUACAGACUCAAGCCAGGCUUUCACUUAACGGUUUAUCAACGUCUGAAGCAGCUUCAAGGCAGAGAAAACCCUGCAACUGCACACGGUCACAGUGUCUGAAGUUGUAUUGCGAUUGCUUUGCCAACGGGGAGUUCUGUAAUAACUGCAACUGUGUUAAUUGCUUCAACAACCUUGAUCAUGAGAGUGAAAGACUGAAGGCCAUCAAGGCAUGUUUAGACCGAAACCCUGUGGCUUUUAAGCCCAAGAUUGGCAAAGGCAAAGAAGGAGAGUCAGACAGGAGACACAGCAAAGGCUGCAACUGUAAGAAAUCUGGCUGUCUGAAAAACUACUGUGAGUGUUAUGAGGCAAAGAUCAUGUGUUCGUCCAUGUGCAAGUGCAUGGGCUGCAAGAACUUCGAGGAGAGUCCAGAGAGGAAGACGCUGAUGCACCUGGCAGACGCUGCAGAGGUACGAGUCCAGCAGCAAACCGCAGCCAAAACCAAACUGUCCUCACAGAUCUCGGAUCUGCUCACCAGAACCACACCGGCCAUCACCAGCGGAGGCGGAAAGUUGCCAUACACAUUCGUAACAAAGGAAGUGGCCGAGGCGACGUGUGACUGUCUGCUGGAGCAGGCCGAGCAGGCCGAACUCACCAACCAGCCUCAGGCCGUGGCAGAACGCCUCAUUCUGGAGGAGUUUGGUCGCUGCCUCAGGAGAAUCAUCAGUUUUGCUGGCAAAGCUAAGACGGACUGUCCCAUCAACUGCUAGAGCCCUCCCGCUCGUUUGGGGCCCAGGGUGUUGCUGAACCUAGACUCGGGCUCCACUGAGGGCACUUUUACCGGCCCUCGUAUGGAUUCAUGGGCCUUCUAAUGAUAAGGCACAAACCAGAACUUCCCAUUGGCCUGUGAGAUGUGUUGUGGAGGGCGCACUAUAUUCAGUAGGAGGACUACAGUACUUCAUUGUAGCCCCUGCGAUGGACUUAACACUGUUUGCUUUACCGGAAGGGGUUUAUUUUAGAACGAUCGAUACUAUUUUAAGGUAGUUUGUGUUUUGUUUGGCAAUGUUUUCCACUUUUAAAUCUGCAUAAUCAUGAUAUGUAUUUGUCUUUUAAAACUGGAUUUUCAUAUCAUCAUUCACUGUCGUCUGAAAGCCCUUACUGAUGACCUCGGGAUAGUCGGGAUGAGGAAGGAACUUCCCUGCACAUGUUAUAAUUAGCCGUCUGAUCAUGACUUGUAUACAGUAAGUAGCCUGUACUGUAGCUUCAUUAUAUUUAAUUGCUCGCAGCAGAUUUUGUUCCUUGAGCAGAAUCGGGUUCAGUCUUCAUCGUUCCAUUCAUGUUAAAGCACGCAAGUGUUCAGCCGGGCCGGCCUGAGAGUCGCUGGAUGGGACGAGGGCCACACGAGAUUGAAGCAGAGCAUGGCGGUACAGGUUUCCUGUACUCCAGAAAUCUAAGAUUAGAUUUGAAUCUUUAAUAUUUAAAAAACAAGCAGCUAAAUAAGCUUUGUAAUCCAGUAGUGAGUCUUAAAGCUUGUUUGAUAGGUUCCUUCAUCUCAGUCCACAGAUCAGUUGAGAACCUGCUCGAUGAUUUUAUUUUUUUUUCUCCAGGUUUGUUUGGUUUGGGUUUUAUUUGCAGUUAUUGGUUGAUCAGCUCUGUCAGGGCCUAAUUAAACCAAACCUUUCCAUA